AUGCGCCCGUUUGCCUGGCUCGUCGCCAUCUCUUCGUUCACAGCGGUCUCACAUGCUUUGCCUCAGCUCCCACAUUUCGAACUGCAACAAGCUAGCAGCACCAACGAAGCCCCUUCACAGCGAUCGAUUGAAGGCACGUGCAAGCGCAUAGCAGAACUGAACAACCUCUCGAAUAUAGCAACAAACCAGACGCUCCGGGAUGCUUUACUUGCCAACAAGAAGAUCCGCCAGGACCAGGUCGACUACAUUGAGACCAUGAAAGAUGCUAUCAACUCCGAGCUUCAGGAUCUCAAUUCGAACACGACUCUCACGGUCGAAUGUGGCCCCAUUGAAGCUCAUAAGAAAGCUGUGAAGGAUUGCAAAAAGCUAGACAAGCUAAAGAAGCUGGUAGAGAUGGCAAGCAACAAGACCGCGUACGAUGAACACCUAGCGGGGGAGUUGUUAAAUCAGAAGCAGAUGGAGCAGCUGUGGAAGAAUAUGGAAAAUGCCGAGAUCAAGCUGCAAAAGCUCCGCACGAAUAGUACGCUAGUCGACCUGUGCACAAAUGAGAUCGGACUGCGGCAAAAUGGAGCUGUCGGGCAACAAGCUGGUGACAUUGGAAAUGUUCCGGUAGAUAACAGCGGUGCUAUCAGUAUGUCAUCGAGCGAUGCAACAGCUCUCAGGUCAGCACCAUGGGCACUGACGUGUGCCUUGGUGUCUCUAUUAUGGGCCGCAACUGUACUGCUCUGA